AAUGCGAAAGCAGUGAUACAAUGGACACUUUAAAAAGUAAUUGAAGUUGUAGUAUUACUGCCAUGGAUUGACCCUUGGCACGCAUAUAACCCCGUCCUAGUCUGUCCCUUCCCAUGAGCCAACUACUAAGCACACCCCAAGCAGGUCCCAGCAAUAUUCCGAGUGGCGACAAAUCAGACACCCCACCACUCCCAAUACCACCCCUCACACGUUCCCAAUCACACCAUUCUACCGCCUCGAAAGCUUCAAAAGCCUCAAAGCCCAUCUCUCGCACCAGCUCACACACCCCGACAAACCGCGAAGUUCUACAGCUCCUCGCAGAUGCAGAGUCUGUCGUACGCGACCUCCGCGCAGACGUCUCUCUCUUGAAUUCACGACUUGCAUUCGAGCAGGACCGUGCUGAUAAUGCUGAGCUUAAAGCAAAGGAAGCAUGCAUACGGUUCAAAGAGGCCAACGAUGCACGCAUAGUCUCUCAAAGCGAGAUCGUACGUUUGACAGAAGAGCUCAGGUUAUACAAAGAUGCUCUCGAACAAGCCCAGAAGGAGAUUUUCCGUGCGCAGGGCGUGAUGAAGGAUGUGGAAGACAGGAGGAGGGAUGCAGAGGAGAGCGCUGCAAAGUCAAGGACUAGGUUGCGCAAAUUGAUGGAGGAGAAGAUGAUCGAAGCCGCUCGCGAGGAGGGCCGUAAACAGGGUCUUCAGGAAGGACUGGAGAUGGGGAAGGAUAUGGGGUACGUGCACGGGCGGACAAAGGGUUAUGCACAAGGUCGAGUAACAGCAGAUCGUGUCCUCGAACGCUACUUUUCUGCCCCUAGUGACGACGAAGGUAGCGAUUCGAGAGGUGACUUUGAGGCGCAGAAUACCCCGCGAUUCAGACCAGAACCGAUGUCGCGCACUUCCAGCGAACAAUCACGUCCUACUACGCCUACACGUCCCCGCGCACAACCGCAAACCCAACCACAGCAACAGCAACAGCAACGUCACCCACAGACCACAUCUGCGCGUAGUACCAUGUUCUCCCCUGCCCACGCGCUGAACGAUAUUCCUUCAGACGGCUGGAUCCCAGAAGCUGAUUCUUCUCUAAUCAUCCGCUUGCCACCUCCCCACGAGUUCCAGCGCUCGCGUCGUACGCCGUCCCCCAUUUGUUCAAGUCCUGACACACCUCUGCGCUCCCUGCCCCAAGAUCCUGUACUUAUGGUACCAGAGCCUCGAUCUCCUGGCGCGCCGUUAUAUUCGGUCCCUGCUUCCGAACCUCGUACCCAACGAACGGUACGUCGGAGAGCUUCGCGUACGGAAAGCGUGACCUCUACGAGGACGUCGGAACUAGAGCUGCUUAGUCCUCCGGAGCACCCUCAAUCCAGCGGACUGAGCGUCAUUCCCGAGGUUACGAGCGUACGUGAACAGAGUACGCCUAGUAGCCGGAGUAUGAGAGCGAGAGUAGAAGAAGAGGUAGACGAGGUGCGUCGUUUUGUUCGAUAGAACUCAUCUGGAGCGUCGGGGUUGAUCGAGUUGCAGGCUGGCUUCGUGCAUGUUUCUAUGCCGGUACCGCGUUCAUCUAGAGAACAGAUUCGGCUGCAGAAAACACCAUCUACUAUAUCAGUACCUAGAUCACCAGCACCAGAAUCAACGCGUCCGAUCAGUUCAUCAUCAUCUGGUACCGUCAACAUCACGAUCCAGCCGCCCUCGCGUCCCGCAUCUAACAUGUCGCAAGUAACACCAUCUGGGCAGCGCCCGUAUUACCUCAGUCCUGCAGACGCUGACCGCCCAUUACCACCGCCACCAUCGUCUUACGUGACACCGGCGAUGGUGCCUAUACCGCCUACAGGUAGUACGAUGUAU